ACUAAAGCUAGUUUAGCCUGGCCGUUCUGGAGCUAGUUGACUGCCUCCCAUUAUUCGACGCGCAUUCCGGACGAUCAUCAACGUCGUCGUAAUCGUCAUCAUCCUCAUCCUCAUCCACCUCCGGGGGCCCCAGCCGCGCCGUUCACUCGUCACAGCACAGCGGCGACACUCUCGAUCAUGUCAGCGAACAUGCGUCGUAAACGCCACUUCGGGACUCGGGAGUGGAUUAAGUUACUGUUGGAUUAUUGGCUUGCUGUUUCUUUGUCACGCUGUUUCUUGCUAAAUCGCCCGAAAAUAAACCAGGCAUAAUGUCUUUCCGGCGAGGUGUGGUGCGGCAGAGCAAGUUCCGUCACGUAUUCGCUCAGGCGUGGAAAGCCGAACACUGCCUGGACGACGUCCGGGUGUCGCGGGUGACGUGGGACAGCCCGCUGAGCGCCGUCAACCCCAAGUUCAUGGCCGUCAUCGUCGAAGCGGGAGGCGGCGGGGCCUUCCUGGUGGUCCCCAUCGGCAAGAGCGGCAGGAUCGAUCAGUCGUACCCGAUGGUGUGCGGCCACGCUGCGCCCGUGUUGGACAUCCAGUGGUCUCCUCAUGACGACAAUAUCAUCGCCAGCGCCUCCGAGGACUGCACCGUCAAGGUGUGGCAGAUCCCCGACGGGGGCUUGACGGCGCCCAUGACCGAAGCCGUGGUCACCCUGGAGGGGCACAGUAAAAGGGUGGGCAUCCUGGCGUGGCACCCGACUGCUUUCAACAUCCUCUUAACUGCAGGGUGCGACAAUGUGAUUCUGGUGUGGAACGUGGGUACAGGGGAGCUUGUGUACCAACUGGCCGACGCCCACCCGGACCUGAUCUACAGCGUCAGCUGGAACAAGAACGGAAGUGCCGUCUGCACCGUGUGCAAGGACAAGGCCCUGCGCGUGAUUGACCCGCGGAGGGGCGUGGUUCUCAAGGUGAGAGAAAAGGUCCACGAAGGCACCAGGCCCAUGAGAGCGGUGUUCCUCUCCGACGGGAAGAUCCUGACCACAGGCUUCAGCCGGAUGAGUGAAAGACAACUGGCGCUAUGGGAUACGAAGGAUCUCUCUGAGCCAAUGGCGGAGCAGGAGAUGGAUACAAGCAACGGCGUUCUUCUACCCUUUUACGACCCCGACACAAACAUGGUGUACCUGUUGGGGAAGGGAGACUGCACCAUUCGCUAUUUUGAGGUGACGGACGAAUCCCCCUAUGUUCACUUCCUCAGUUUGUACAGCAGCAAGGAGCCCCAGAGAGGGGCGGGGUUCCUCAGUAAGCGAGGGGUGGACGUCAACAAGUGUGAAAUCGCCAGGUUCUACAAACUGCAUGAAAGAAAGGUGGAACCCAUUUCGAUGACCGUACCAAGGAAGUCCGAUCUGUUCCAAGGGGACCUUUACCCGGACACGGCCGGCUUAGAGCCCGCGCUCCUGGCCGACGAAUGGAUUGCCGGCCAGGACGCUCCGCCUCUACUGGUGUCCCUGAGCGGAGGCUACGCGGCGCCGCCAUCCAAGCACCGGGACACGGUCAGGAGCAAGCCCAGGCUGGCCUCGCAGGACUCGGGAUCGGCGGCGCCCAAGGAGGCGGAGGACGAGGAGCCACGUGCCGCCGCCAGGGAAACGGGCGGCAACACGGAGAGGCCUAAGCGAGAGGACGAGAUUCUGAACGAGCUGCUGUCUGAGAUGAAGGCGCUUCGUGCCGUGGUGCUCGCUCAGAGCCAGCGCAUCGAGCUGCUGGAGAGGCAGCUGGCUCGCAUCGAGGACGGCGACGUAUGAGCCCCCCCCCCACUCCCGAGCACGGCGCAUUUCACUCACCAAUAGACGAACCUCUAGGGCUAUUUAAUCAGGUAGUUUAACGCUGCUAAACUGUGAUCAUAUCCAAGACCUCAAUUUUACCAUGUAGCGCGUUACGUGAUCAGAUACUCUGUGAUUUGGGGUUCACGGGAGAAAAUUCCAACUAGCUGAUGAGUUUUGUGAAUUUAGAACUUGGUGUCAGUUGAACGUGACCGAUAUUACGUGGGGUUUUCUUGUAAUCGCUGAUUUAAGAUUGUUGUUGUUGUUUUUUUUUUUGUGCUUUUAUUUUGAUUUUGAAGUAUUUGUUACUCAGUCUACUGUACAGUCCCCCCUUUAUAUGCACUGAUCGCAAACACUUUCUAUGUGGUUGUAGCAAAUG